AUGCACGCGGAGCUGUGCCGCGGCCGGCCGGGGCUGUGCGACGCCAUGCGGCCCGCCAGUGGCGCCACCCUGCUGCGAUACCUGCGACAAGUGCACUUCACAGGCCUCAGCGGAGAUCAAUUUCAUUUUGAUAGCAACGGAGAUGGCCCGGCGCGGUAUAAUAUACUUCACUUUAAGCAAGUGUCCCCCGGCGUGUAUCGCUGGCUGACGGUGGGCCGCUACCUCGACGGCGAGCUCGAGCUGAAUAUGAACGAAAGCAGCUUUAUAAUUAUUAUACAAGUAUGUGUAGACAUUCAAUUCAAAUGGAGCGAGCCGCACCCGCCGGAGUCGGUGUGCAGCGCGGAGUGCGAGCUGGGCCAGGCCAAGCAGUACGUGGAGGGCGAGAGCUGCUGCUGGCACUGCUUCAACUGCACGCAGUACGAGAUCCGGUCCCCGGACAAAGAGACGGCGUGCGAGGAGUGUCCGCUGGGCACGCUGCCGGGCGCCGGGCGCACGCACUGCGCGGCCGUGCCUGAGCUGUACCUGCGCCCCGACUCCCCCGCAGCCAUAGGAGCCAUGGCCUUCUCGUCGCUGGGCAUGCUGCUGACCACGCUGGUGGCGGCGGUGUGGGCGGUGCGCGGCGACACGCCCGUGGUGCGCGCCAGCGGCCGCGAGCUGUCGUUCGUGUUGCUGGCCGGCAUCAUGAUGUGCUACCUCGUCACAUUCGCACUCGUCUUCAGGCCCACGGAUGUGCUGUGUUCGUUGCAGCGGUUCGGGACCGGGUUCUGCUUCACCGUCGUGUACGCCGCGUUGCUCACUAAGACAAACAGGAUCGCGCGAAUCUUCGAUGCUAGCAAGCACUCGGCGCGCAGACCCUCCCUGAUAUCUCCCAAAUCACAACUCUUUAUAUGCUCCGUACUUGUAUCUAUUCAGGUGGUGAUAGUGGUAGUGUGGCAGAUCAUCUCUCCAGCGCGCGCCAUCCACCACUACCCGUCGCGGGAGGACAACAUGCUGGUCUGUGACUCGUACGUGGACGCGUCCUACACCAUCGCAUUCUUCUACCCCGUCGUCCUCAUCGUCGUGUGCACCGUGUACGCUGUGCUCACCCGCAAGAUCCCCGAGGCCUUCAACGAGAGUAAACACAUUGGGUUCACAAUGUACACGACGUGUGUGAUCUGGUUAGCGUUCGUGCCUCUAUACUUCGGCACGGCGAGCCACGUGCCGCUGCGCGUCACCAGCAUGGCGGUCACCAUCUCACUCAGCGCCAGCGUCACGCUCGUCUGCUUGUUUAGUCCUAAGUUAUAUAUAAUAAUCGUGCACCCGGAGCGCAACGUGCGCGCGAGCCUGAUGCCACCACGCUGGCGCUCGAUGGGCGGCGGCGCGGCGGCGGCCGGCGCCAAGCGCGGCGCCGUCUGCGCGGCACUCGUCGGCACCGCGCCACUACCGCGGGCUCACGACCUCACGCCGUCCACCGACCUCUCUACUCUAAACGAUAAUGAAAAGACAUCGACGGAUAGGCACGUGCAAACGGAAGAGAGCAUCUUAUUCCCUAAGUUAGCGAGCGUGGUUGCCGAUGUUACUCGAAGAGAAAUAGAAGAAAACGGUAUUGUCGUGAACGCGCGGCGACUGGCAGAGCUGCGCGCCGGCCUGCCUGCCUUCCCGCCGGGCGAGCUGCGCGCGGCGCACGCUCCGCCGCCGCUCGCGGUCGCCGUCGCCAUCGUCGGCGGACAGAUUCCCUUAUAGCGUCAGAAUAUACGGCGCGUGAGGAGUCAGCGCGUGCCAGUGUUAGUGUAAAUAUUUGUAAACUGUUCAAAUAAACAACAGGACAUUAUAGAUUCAUUGCAUACUUCACUCGUACGUACCAGUUUCGUUACAUGUUACACAUGUUGGACUUGGAUUGUUGUGAUUAAUGUUUUGUGCCAAAUUAUUGUCACGAACUAAAGUUUCUUAGAAAGCUUAUUAUGAAUUUCAAUAGUCUCUUUAUGAUUAUUGUUAUUACUAAUUUGUAGUAAUGAUUAAAAAUAAGAUUAGAAAUGAAAUAUGUACAUACUCUAAGUAAAUUGUAAGUGUCGCAAUAUAUUUGUAAUUAAUCGAGUUACUCACCAAGGAGUCUUUGAUCACAAUACUUAACGUUAAUUUAUAUUUGUUUAAUUCCACGAAAAAUAAAAUCAUAAUUAUGUUCUAACCUACCUCUACUUGGUUACAUAAAUAAAAUCGAACCAAUGUGUGAUACUAGAUAAAAUAAAUUAUUAAAAACAUUGAAAAA